AAUCCUGACGUCAGUGAUCGGAUUUUCAAGUCGGAAAGUCUGAGCUUCAGAAAGGUGCGCAGUGUCCCGACUUCAUAUUCCAAAGUUGGUUCACCGUUCAAAAAAGAUUUUCCCAUCCGGAGCUCAUUUUUCCCGAGUUCCCAGUUGUCUUGAAAGCACUGAAGUCGGGAGAUUGCCGAGUUCAGUUGAUUUGAAUGCAGUAAACGUCCAGACUUCAGUCAAUGACGCACAUAGACAGGAGCGCACUUUGGAACUGCAGGACUCUUGAGUAACCAUGCAGACAAUUGAAGUUCUGAAACAGGCCCUCUCCAGCCUGGAUCCUACCCAGCAGCAGCAGCUUUUGGUGGCCGGGUCGGCGGUGGCCGUGGGCGGGCUGCUGACCUGUUAUUACUGGGUGUAUCAAGGGACGAAGACCAAGCGCAUUCCAACAGGGGAUGGGUGGUGGGGGGCAGGAGAGAAGCCUCGGUCAGAGGAUGAGAAGGUUUUCCCCUUUCAGGUCCAAACUUCCGAUGAAGAGAUACAGGACUUGUAUGACCGUAUUGACAGGACCCGGUACACUGAACCACUGGAGGACGCAGGCUUCCAGUACGGCUUCAACUCUACCUACCUGAAGAAGGUUGUCUCCCACUGGAGGCAUCAAUUUAACUGGAAGAAGCAGAUUGCAAUACUCAACAAGUACCCUCAGUUCAAAACCAAUAUCGAGGGAUUGGAUGUACACUUCAUCCAUGUGCGUCCACCUCACCGUGAGGGCCAGAAGGUGUUGCCUCUAAUGCUGGUGCAUGGCUGGCCUGGCUCUGUCUAUGAGUUCUAUAGGAUCCUGCCCUUACUCACUGACUCGCUGGACAGUCUGGCUUUCGAGGUCAUCUGCCCCUCCAUCCCUGGAUAUGGCUUCUCCGAGGCCCCUCGUAAGCAAGGGUUUAACUCUCUGGCUGCAGCGAGGGUCUUCCACAAGCUGAUGGAGCGUCUGGGUUUCUCAGAGUAUUAUCUGCAGGGAGGAGACUGGGGCUCACUCAUCACUACUAACAUGGCCCAGAUGAAGCCAGAGUGUGUGAAGGGUCUCCACCUCAACAUGUUAACUAGCAAAAUGAAGGGGUUCCGUGUCCUGUUUUCAAUCCUGAUUGGCCGCUACCUGCCCUGGCUGGUUGGGUUCACCCGGGAGGAUGUCAGGAGGUUGUUUGGUUCAGUAGGUUUCAUGGAAAGGAACGUCUAUGAGAUCCUCAGAGAGACCGGCUACCUGCAUAUCCAGGGCACCAAGCCAGACUCCGCUGGUUGUGGAGUGAAUGACUCUCCAGUAGGCCUGGCUGCUUACAUGCUGGAGAAGUUCUCCACCUGGACUGACUUCAACAACAGGGACUUGGAAGAUGGGGGGCUAGAGAGGAAGUUCACCCUGGACGACCUGCUGACCAACAUCAUGAUCUACUGGACCACCGGCUCCAUCGUGUCCUCCAUGAGGUUCUACAAGGAGAACUUCAAGACCAACAUUGAGAACAGACUGGAUAAUAAUACGGGGGUAUAUGUACCUACAGGCCUGGCGGCGUUUCCCAACGAGCUAAUGCACGUGCCCCAGUCGUGGGCCAGAGACCGGUUCAGGAACAUCUAUUCCUACUCUUACAUGCCCCGAGGAGGCCACUUCGCUGCCUUCGAGGAGCCACAGCUCCUGGCUGACGACCUGCUGCAGUUUGUGAAGAAGGUGGAGAAGUUGUAGAGUUGAUGGAUACAAGAGGUCGACUCUCCACUCCUGCCAAGUGCCUGGAAGAAAAACCAGCAGGGCUGCAGAACAUGAUAACACUACAGCUUGGAAUUGUAUCUUUGUACUAAAAGAACAUUUUAAAUGUUAAUCUAAGAUAAAAAGUCAGAAGCACUGUCUGAUUAUCAGGUAAAUACUUUGUCAAUCAGUGAUGUUAACACUGCAAUAUGAUCAUGCUCAGUGAUUGUGUUGGUGUAAUAUUAAGCCUAUACAGUCAACAUAAUGGACCAAUACUGUAAUAAAAAAAAAUGAAAUUAUCAGCACUUAAAACACAGAUUACAAAUGUCUUCCAGAUUGCACAACAACUGUGUGAAAGCAGCCUCAAUCACAGAUGUCUGUUCUAAUCUUGUUUCAAUAAUGCACUACUGCUGUAAUCAUGUCUAAUGUGAUGACCCUUUACGGCAGGGAUGUCAAACUCAUUCUACAGAGGGCCAAGUGUAUGUGGGUUUUCCUUUCAGUUAAGACCUAGAAAACCAGGUGAGGGGAGUUCCUUACUAAUUAAUGACCUUUUAUUCAUUGAUCAAGUACAAAGGAGCGAACACCCGCAGACACUCAGCCCUCCAUGGAAUGAGUUUGACACUUCCUGUAAUGUCUUCCUGUGUAGUGUCUAAUAUUUGUGGGGCUGGUGUCCAGGAGUGACCUGGACACAGCUUAAGUCUAGUCCUGGACUAAAAAUAUAUUUCAAUGGUAGUGUUCCAUUGAGCAUGGUUUUUAGUCUAGGUCUGGAUUUAGCCUAAUCUAUGUCCAGGAAACCGUGAAGAAUUUUCUGUGGACCCCAGGAAGACUAGCAGUCACUAAGGUGUCAGCUUAUGAGGAUCCAAAUAAAGAUGGUGCUUAAAGUUA